CAGAAUAGUGUGUUCUGUAAAACUCUGUUCUUCAGUUCACCAACUAGAAAACAGAGAACAAACACACACAAUUUUCAACAGACAAUCCCACACUACAGAUGAUACAACAAUUCCUGAAGAAAUUAAAGAUGCUCCAUUCUUUUAUAAAAGGCUCAACAGGGGAACAUUCACAAAUCCUGAAAAUGACGCGGGAAAUCUGGAAAUCCGUGAAAAGGAGAUCAUUCAAAAUGGAGUAGAAUAUCAGCUGAUUAAUACUGAUAAUCAGCUGAUGAAUUAUGAUGAUCAACCAAAUUAUAACCUAAAUAAAUACAUUAGGAAGAACAGAAUCCAAUCAACAAAAAGUGAAACUAUCUUUGAUAAUGAAUCAGCGAAGCGUAAACGUGGCAAUAAAGGCAAAAUGGACAAUUUCCGAUUAAAAGACAAGUUAAAAGAAAUAAAUCGUGAAAAUAAAGUUCUUCUCUUCAAAACAAAUUACCAACAGUUUCAGCCAAAUCUCAACCAAGCCAAGGGGUUCCGUUCUGAAGUAGAGCAUCGUGGAGAUCGACUGACCUACGUUCCGUUUAAUUCAAUGACAUUUAGCAGGAAUGACGGAUUUUAA